AUGGCGAAUCCUUUCCUAAUGGAUGAUGAGGCGUUGGGAGGCAAUGAUCCAACGCCAAACCCGUUCCUGUUCGGCGACGAUGGUCCAGCGGGUGGCGAUGAGUCGGACAAUCCGUUUCUCGCGCAGGGUGGAGGUAGCAAUCCGUUUGCGGACUUUGGCGGUGGAGGUGAUGAGGAUAUGCCAAUGGCGGUUACCUCAGCGAUGGAUCUGUUCGGCGGUGGAGAUCCAGUGGUAGUAACGACCGGUGCGCAACUAUUUCUCGCUACCGACCAUGUCAUGACGGCGACAGCGGCAUCCACUGGUGUAGUGGCGGGACUUCCGGAUCCGAUUACCGGUUCGACCGCUGGACCACCAAAUGAUGGCGUAAAUGCUAACUUCUUCCACACCACAAUCAACGAGGAGGAUGAUCUGAUCAUCCCGAAACCUACGCACCUGCAUUUAGGCUCAAACACUACCGCCGCACUAAUGGAUCCGGACGGUGCUGCCGGGUUGUAUUCGAGCGAAGAUGAACUGUCACGCGGUGGUCCAAGACCCCACAAACCUGUCCCGCCCCGUCCGAUACCACCUUCGACCGCAACGCAGCAGCUGAUCAGUUCGAUCGCCGACCAGCUCGACCAGACCAGUACCAAUCUGUUGCAGAAGAUUCCGGUAACGCGUACACCCAGCCCGGUGUCGAUGCGUGAUCUUCAUUCGCCGAGUCCCACACCGGGCGAUUUUGGAGAUCUGAUGACGGGCAGCACUGGGGACACAGUGUCCACCGCUACCGGUGACAAUCCGUUUGCUGACGAACCUGCUGUGGUCGGUACUGUAGCGCCUGUGCAGAAACCACCUCGCCCAAGGCCUCCUCCACCAAGGCCAGCUCCACCGAAAAGUUCGUUGGCAUCGUCUCCGGUUAAUCCAACACCUUCUGCUGCUGCUGCUGCUCCAGCAACAGCACAAGAACCGGACCUGUUCGAUCUGUUCGGUACGGGGCCGGCACCGAAACCGGCCGCUCCACCAAAGCCACCUGCACCGAAAACGAAGGAAGACAUUCUAUCACUGUUCUCCCAACCGGCACAACCGACCACGGCUGCAAUGGCACCGAGACCUUCGAAACCGGAUCUGCUCAGUGAUGAUCUGGAUGAUCUGCUUGGUGGUAUGCCAGCAGCAGCUGGACCCGGAUCGGAAGCAGCAUUCGUGCCGAACUUGGCGGAGAACUUGGCAACAGUUGUACAACCUUUGGCGACCGUGCCGACGGUAAUACCAGCAGCAGUUGCUCCCGUUCCGCCUCCAAAGCCUCCACCACCGGCAGUCUUACAGCACCAGCAACAACCUGCUCCUCCUCCUCCACAGGAAGUUCCACACCACGAGGAACCACUGCCCGAGGAAUUACUGCAGGAGGAUUAUUCUGCACCUGAAAGUUUCGUAGAACCGUCGCCCGAGAUUGUGCUGGAGGUAGCACCCGCAUCGGAUCCGAGCGAUGCCAUGCGUUCGGAGGUAUCGUCCGAGUACAGCCCAACUGGGUCGAACAUUACGUCCGGCAAUAUACCUAGCUCGGUGUCGGGCAGUAUCGUUAAUUUGCCCACGCUUGAUCGUGCGCCAACCGGGGGUAUCGAGAUGGAGAUGGAUACGGCACCGGAAGACCCGAUUGCACCAGCCGAAUCCGAAGCAAUCGAUUACAAUCACGUCGAGGCACAGCAGCUACCACACGCGACGACCCUGUUCGAAGAGCCUGCUAGCACUGUGACGCAAUACUACGGUGAGACGAUGCAAGAUCAGUUGAUAGGCGGCACAAACGGCAGUGCCACGGUGAAUCCCUUCGCAAUGGUAGACGAUGAGCCGGUACCGGUGACGGUGGCAGCUCCCGUUGAUAGUGGACUAGCGUAUGCAAACGAAUUGUUCGGUGCGACCAAUCUGGCGAACAACAACAACACGAUGGUGUCGCAUCACCCGCCCGAACCGGAUGCGUUCGAUUCGUUCGCGGCCAAGUUCGAGGGCAAACAGACUGGUGGUGGUGUCGGUGGACUAACAACUGGUGCCACGGGACGGGUGGAAAACAUCUUCCUAGACGAUGGUGACCUCGGUGGAGGCGGUGGGCAUACUGCCGAGCUGGACGCUUUCGGUGGAGAUGCUUGGGGUACAGGAGCAACGGGCAGUAUGGGUGGAUUCGACGAUGCGAAGGGCGAUGGGUUCGGUAACGACGAUGGUUUCGAUGAUCCUUUCCUAAGUAUGCAGGCACCACCGGCACCGGAGGGCACACCGUUCGGAAGAUCCCACUCGCGCGAUUCGGACGAAGGCCGCGAGUUCAGUGUGGUAAUACGGCCGAAGGAAGGCGUGGAAACGCAAUAUUCGGCCCUAGCACUAGCGCCACCACCCAAGAGCCCACAGACGGCUUCCAUCUACUCUGGUGAUUCGUCGCCGCGUGUCAAUCCGUUCGAGCGAAGUGAUGAAGGUGAACCGAUCCCAGUGAGCAUGCCGGAUAAGCCACAGCUAGAGCGUACCGAUUCGCAAGAAACACCCCCAACACCGUUGUUCGACGAGGAUGUAUCGCAACCAUUGGAAGACUUCCCGCGCGUCAUCUACCACGGCGAUGGAUGGGAGAUGCAGUUGCGCCAGCCGAACAAAAAGAAGAUCACCGGACAACGGUUCUGGAAGAAGAUCUUCAUCCGGUUGGUGUAUCAGGGAGAUAGUCCGGUGCUGCAGCUCCUGAACGCGGCCACCGAUAAGGAACCAUUCCAAGAGUUGCCACUGCAGGCGUGCUAUUCGGUGUCGGAGAUCGGCGCACAGCAGUACGACAACUUUGGGAAGAUCUUCACGAUCAAGCUACAGUAUGUGUUCUACAAGGAGCGGCCCGGUGUGCGGCCGGGCCAGGUGACCAAGGCGGAACGGUUGACAAACAAGCUGAGUCAGUUUGCGGCGUACGCGAUCCAGGGCGAUUAUCAGGGCGUGAAGGAGCUGGGCAGUGAUCUGAAGAAGCUUGGUUUGCCGGUGGAGCAUGCGCCCCAGAUUUCGCAGCUGUUUAAGCUGGGCUCGAUGAACUACGAGGAUAUGAAGCAGUUUUCGGUGUGCAUUGAGGAGGCACUGUUUAAGAUGAAUGUGCACCGGGAUCGGGCACUCACGUACAAGACUGAGGAGGUGCAAGUGACGGCGGUGGACGAGCUGUACGUGGAGCAGGACGCUGAAGGCCAUGUGAUGAAGCAAAUCGCACGUGUCCGAUUGUUCUUCCUCGCCUUCCUCACGGGCAUGCCCGAUAUUGAGCUGGGUGUGAACGAUCUGUGGCGUCAGGGUAAGGAGGUGGUCGGUCGCCACGACAUCAUACCGGUAGUGACGGAAGAGUGGAUCCGGCUGGAGGGUGUCGAGUUUCAUACCUGUGUUCAGCAGGACGAAUACGAGCGUAGCCGCACGAUCAAGUUUAAGCCACCGGACGCGUGCUACAUCGAGCUGAUGCGUUUCCGUAUCCGACCGCCCAAGAAUCGCGAGCUGCCACUGCAGCUGAAGGCGACCUGGUGCGUGACAGGCAACAAGGUGGAGUUGCGUGCGGACGUGCUCGUGCCCGGAUUUGCAUCCCGUAAGCUAGGUCAGAUACCGUGCGAAGACGUCUCGAUACGUUUCCCCAUACCCGAAUGCUGGAUCUAUCUGUUCCGGGUGGAGAAACAUUUUAGAUACGGUUCGGUAAAAUCGGCCCAUCGGCGUACCGGCAAGAUUAAGGGUAUCGAGCGCAUUCUGGGCACGGUCGAUACGCUGCAAGAGUCACUGAUUGAGGUAACAUCCGGACAGGCAAAGUAUGAGCAUCACCAUCGUGCGAUUGUAUGGCGGUGUCCCCGGCUACCGAAGGAAGGUCAGGGUGCAUACACGACGCAUCAGCUUGUCUGCCGGAUGGCACUGACCAGCUUUGACCAGAUCCCGGAACAGCUGGCACCGUAUGCGUACGUGGAGUUUACGAUGCCAGCGACGCAGGCCUCCCACACAACGGUGCGAUCGGUCAGCGUGCAGGAUUCGGAAAGCGAUGAGCCACCGGAGAAGUAUGUGCGCUAUCUCGCUCGUCAUGAGUACCGCGUUGGCAUCGAACAUACUACUGGUGAGUCGUUGAAUCCUUACCUGGCAGCGACCACCGUCACAAAGCAACCGAUCCAGGAAGAGCAACCUAUGGCAACCACACCGAUCGCACCGAGUGAUUCUGAUUCCGACUCCAACUAAA